UCUCGAAAGAGAUUGAAAACGAAAUGGAAACUUUCCAUCUCUGCUCUCAUUAUCUUCAUCCUUCGGCUUCUCCAAAUUUCAAAACCCUAAUCCCAAUUCAUGGAAACACUAAAUUCCCCUGCCCCCCAAAACACUUUGCUCCUCAUAAAUCCCUCUGUUUCUCCUCUAAAAACAACCCUCCCCCUCCUGCUGAUAACAUUCCCAGUAACUUUUGCAUCAUUGAAGGACCGGAUACUGUUCAAGAUUUUGUGAAGAUGCAGCUGCAGGAAAUUGAAGAUAAUAUAAACAGUAGGCGCAAUAAGAUUUUCCUCCUUAUGGAAGAGGUAAGGAGAUUACGAAUACAACACCGGAUAGAGAAUGCGAAAGUGAACAAUGAGAACGACGAGGAGGAAACAGAUGAGAUGCCUGACAUUCCAUCUUCAAUUCCUUUUUUCUCUCAUGUGACACCGAAGACAAUGAAGCAACUAUAUUUCACAAGCCUGGCAUUUAUAUCUGGAGUAAUUUUAUUUGGAGGCCUUAUUGCGCCAACGCUGGAGCUAAAAUUAGGUCUAGGAGGCACCUCGUAUGAAGAUUUCAUACGUAACAUGCAUCUGCCAUUGCAGUUAAGUCAGGUUGACCCUAUCGUGGCAUCGUUUUCGGGAGGGGCAGUGGGUGUCAUUUCAGCCUUGAUGCUAAUUGAAGCCAACAAUGUUGAACAGCAGGAGAAGAAAAGGUGUAAAUAUUGCCACGGAAAUGGAUAUUUGGCCUGUGCAAGAUGUACUGCAAGUGGUGUAUGCUUGAGCAUUGAUCCUAUCUCGCUAUCCAGUGCUUCUGGACGGACUUUAAAAGUGCCUACUACCGAAAGGUGUCUGAACUGCUCCGGUUCGGGAAAGGUGAUGUGCCCAACUUGUCUGUGUACGGGAAUGCUGAUGGCUAGCGAGCAUGACCCACGAAUCGAUCCAUUUGACUAAGAAGACCGAAGACUCUUUCCGCCCCUCCUUGUUCCCCGGAAAGUUUAUCGUUUCCACUCGGUAAAAGAAAAUGAACGAUAGACGGGAAACGACGGAGGGAUGUUAGAUAUGAUUGCAAAUGUCAUAACUCGUUAUCGUUUAUGGAUUCUCCUUCUCUCUCUCCUAUUCCUACAGAAACAAGUAAUGAUAUGUACUCUUAAGCACUAAUGAAAUCGGGUUAAAGUGAAAACAGUUUUUAAAUUUCAA